AUAUUACCAAAAUUUAGCACUAUCUGGUAGACCCAACACAACACUAACCGUUACUAAAUCGUCCUAUAAAUAGACUCUUAUCCUCACUCUCUAACAAACAGUCUCUUUAUCAUUCACUGCCAUCACAGACACCUCAGUUUUGUUGAGACCAGGUGAAAAAUGAUGAAAAUCCACAUCAUGCUGUUCUUUUCUAUUCAAAUUUUGUUGCAUGUUUCAUUAUCAAGCAGUGGAAAAGUUCCGGCUAUUAUAGUUUUCGGAGACUCGUCUGUUGAUUCUGGUAACAACAAUUUCAUUCCAACAAUAGCGAGAAGCAAUUUUGAGCCGUAUGGUAGAGAUUUUCCAAAUGGAAAUCCAACAGGUAGAUUUUCCAAUGGAAGAAUUGCACCUGAUUUCAUCUCGGAGGCUUUUGGAAUUAAGCCAAUUGUUCCCGCUUAUUUGGAUCCUUCUUAUGAUAUUUCGGAUUUUGCGUCUGGUGUUUGUUUCGCUUCGGCUGGUACUGGAUUUGAUAAUGUUACUGCAAGUGUUGCUGAAGUGAUACCUUUAUGGAAAGAAGUUGAGUACUACAAAGAGUACCAAAACAAAUUAAGAGCAAAGUUUGGUGACAAGAAAGCUAAUGAAAUAAUAAACGAGUCUUUGUAUUUGAUUAGCAUAGGAACAAAUGAUUUUCUGGAGAAUUAUUACCAGCGUUUUGAAAGAAGGACGCAAUUUAGUGUUCAAGAAUAUGAGGAUUUUCUAAUUGGUCUUGCUGAAAAUUUUCUUAGGGAAAUUUACGGCCUUGGAGCGAGGAAAAUUUCUAUGACAGGGUUAAUUCCUAUGGGGUGUCUGCCACUAGAGAGGGCCAUAAAUAUUUUUGGCCAUCAUGGUUGUAAGGAUUUAUACAAUGACGUUGCUUUGGAAUUUAAUGCAAAAUUGGAUUGGUUAGUGGCAAAGUUGAACAAGGAGCUCUAUGGAUUUCAAUUGGUAUAUACAAAUGCUUAUGAUUUGGUCUUGCAAAUUGUUACUCAACCUUCUCAAUUUGGUUUUGAAAAUGCACAAGUGGGAUGUUGUGGAACAGGUAGAUUUGAGAUGGGUUUCAUGUGUGAUCCAAAAAGUCCAUUUACAUGCACAGAUGCAAAUAAAUAUGUAUUUUGGGAUGCUUUUCACCCCUCCGAAAGAACAAGUCAGAUAGUAUCAAAUUAUUUAAUGGAAAACUAUCUUGGCAAGUUUCUUUGAUUCAAUACAAGAGCAACGGAUCCUUCCAAUUCUAUAGGGAACUUCACACUUCUGUAAAUGUGAUUAUAUGUGUUAUAAACAAAGUUUAUUGAAGUGAGUAUAAGGAUAUUCAAAAUCCAUUACAAAAGUUUUACCAUAUGAAUUUUUAUUCACUGGUUUUACUUGAGGAA